AGCGACUACGACAAUGUUGAAGGGGAACUGUUGUGAAAAAUUAAUUAAAAGUGCUUUAUCUGAAUAUUAAAAUAGACAAGCAACAUUAUCAACAUUUCCAGCCAACGCAGAUUCCUAAAUAAACUCGUCAACAUGGAUCGAGUAACAAAGCCGCAAAAGAAAAUGCUCAUAACGCUUUUGCGGGAGACUAAGUACAUGGAGGGCAAGAAAGAGAAGGAAUGGUACUGGGAGAAAAUCCAAGCGGCAUUGAACACAAUUGGUCCCAAGAAGACUAUAAUACAAUGGAAAAAGUGUUGGCGUGAUAUGCGCUUGACGACCAGAAAGAAAUUAGCCGAGCUUAAGCGCUGCCAGUUGUCCGGUGGUUCCCCGCCUCCAGGCAUUGAAUUAAACCAAGAGGACAAUGACAUUAUAGACAUAGUCGGCACUGAAUACUUUUACGAGGAAAUGAACGGCGAGCUUAAGCCGGAGAAUUUCAUGACAGGCUUUGACUAUGUUCCGGAGCACUUUUGCGAUGCCAUACUAACAGCUGCUGCAGGUCAGCAGCAACAGCACAUGCAGCAUGCAAAGGAUCCGCAGUCGCACAGUGGCCAGCAGCCACAGGAUCAUCAUGCUAACGAUAACGAAACAAAUGAUGCACCUGGCUCGUCCAAUGGUGGCUCCUAUCAGGGUCAGAAUGUUAGCCAGCUGCAGGCGCACAACGGCGCUGGCGAGCAUAGCAAUAGCAAUGGCACUCAAUCGCAUGCAGGAAUAGCACAGCACCCUGCGUUUCAUGGUGGACUGCAUCCACAUCUGUUGCGGCGUCAGCACAGCAAUGUGCCCGUCCAGCGCGAGUCGGCAUUUGAGGAGAAACUGCUGCAAUUUAUGCAGGAUGCGUUUCCCAAGAAAAGUAAAAAGCGCAAGCAGCGCGAUCCCGACAAGCUAUUCCUGCUAUCGCUGUACGAGGAGAUAAAGCGUGUGCCAGAGGAAAUACGCCUGGAUGUGAAGUCGGAACUCAUGCAGAUCUUAAAAAAGUACCAAAAGAAGUCGCCUGUCAAGGCGGAAAAGUCAUCAAGCUCCAGCUCCACCGUAAGCAAGACAAGCAGUAACAGCAGCAGCAGCUCAUCCACAGCAACGGCGCAUUUAUCUCAUAGCAUGUAUCAGCUACAAAAGAAAUACGACAAGGGCGAAAAGGAGAGUUCGCCACAGUCCCAGGUCGACCCAGUGCCGCUGCAUGCCUCACAGCAGCUGCCACUGUUUCAGCUGCACAAAAAGUACGACGAGAGCGUCGAAAAGGUACAUCAGCAACAGCAACAACAACAACAGCAGCAGUCCGAUCAACGCAAACUGGAAGCUGCACAUCAGCAGCAGCAUACUGCACACCAGCAGCCGCCACCGCCGCCCAAUGAGCAUCUACAUCAUGCGCAAAUGGCGCCCAAUAUUAUGUUCCCACUGCCGCAUCACGCACAUAACCCGCAUCAGCAGCAACAGCAGCAGCAGCAUCCGCAUCAGCAGCAAUCGCAACAGCAUCACCCGCCAACGAUCUUUGGCAGCGCUACCAGCGCAGCUACCAUGAGCACAGACCGGCCGGCCAUGUCGUACGAGAACGUUGGAUGAAUGUUGAGCCGUCUGUGGGAAGCCACCUGUGGCGCUGUAACCCACGACGGCAGACGUGCAACGCCACUGUUAGAAAGCAGCAGCAACUAGGAAACCCCCUCGCCCCCUCAGCUCGCAGCUGUGUGCAAAUAUUGUUUCAAACAUUAGGUUUUACUCAUACUUUUCUCUAACUCUAAUGAUAGUUUUAACGUGUAGACAAGAAUGGAUCUUCAUGUACUGUAUGCCGCGGCAGUUGACCGGGCAACAAUUAAAAUUGAUAAAAUUUAACACGCUCAUUGUUUGCCUACAAAGAAAACCAAAACAAUAACAAGUAUUAGAAAAAAGUUGGUAGUGGCCGAACUUGUUAUACACUUUGAACGCAGCUUUAAGA